GGAGCCCAGAGCAGAGCCAGCUGCAGGCUGCCACUCGGACAGAGCUACACACAGUCCAGGUGAACAGGGCCUUGUCUGCCCUGGGGACACAGGCCCCUAGGAGCCAUCAGGGCCGCCAGGGUAGGGCCACAAGGGGCCUGGGACCCCCCCCUACUCCCACGCCUUCUCUGCCCCCUUCCAACUGCCUAACUGUCAUCAUGUCUGCUACAGAGGGAGGAAGCCAGGGUCCCCCCAAGUCCAAGGGCAAGACCCUCAGCAGCUUCUUCGGGUCCCUGCCUGGCUUCAGCUCCGCCCGGAACCUGAUGGUCAGUGCCAGCUCUGCCAAGGAGGCCCGGCCGCCCGCUGACCCUGCAGGUGCUCCGGCCCCUGAGGCCGCCCAGCCCCAGGCUCAGGCAGCCACCGACCUGGAACAGUUGGCCGGGGGAAUGGAGAAUCUGUCACAGCCUUCCGAAAAGUUGGUGUCCAGCCCCAAGGACCUGGAAAGCUCCACGAUGACCAGGACCAAAGAUGCCUUCCCCUCAGGGGUGACCAACAUGGUGGAUGCAGCAAAGGGUGUGGUCCAGGGAGGCCUGAGCUCUACCCAGACAGCCUUCUCAGGUGCCAAGGAGGCGGUGUCCAGGGGGGUCAUGGGAGCAGUGGGUAUGGUCAAAGGGACAGUACAGACGGGUCUGGACACCAGCAAGACCGUGCUGACCGGCACCAAGGACACUGUUUAUAGUGGAGUCACGGGUGCUGUGAAUAUGGGCAAGGGUGCUGUCCAGGGGGGUGUGGACACUUCAAAAGCUGUCCUCACAGGCACCAAAAAUACAGUGGCCACCGGCCUCACAGGGGCAGUGAACUUGGCCAAAGGGACAGUGCAGACGGGCUUGGACACUACCAAGACCGUACUGACUGGCACCAAAGACACGGUGACCACCGGGCUCACGGGAGCAGUGAAUGUGGCCAAGGGGGCCGUCCAGACUGGAGUGGACACCAGCAAGACCGUGCUGACUGGCACCAAGGACACUGUCUGCAGUGGGGCGACCAGUGCCAUAAAUGUGGCCAAAGGGACAGUUCAGACCGGCAUGGACACCACCAAGACCGUGCUGACUGGCACCAAAGACACAGUGACCACAGGACUCAUAGGGGCAGUGAAUGUGGCCAAGGGGGCCGUCCAGACCGGAGUGGACACCAGCAAGACAGUGCUGACCGGCACCAAAGAUACCGUUUGUACUGGAGUCACUGGUGCCAUGAAUGUGGCCAAAGGUGCCAUACAGGGAGGCCUGGACACUUCGAAAGCUGUCCUCACAGGCACCAAAAACACAGUGGCCACCGGUCUCACAGGGGCAGUGAAUACAGCCAAAGGGACAGUCCAGACGGGUCUGGACACCACCAAGACCGUGCUGACUGGCACCAAAGACAUGGUGACCACCGGGCUCACGGGAGCAGUGAAUGUGGCCAAGGGGGCCGUCCAGACGGGAGUGGACACCAGCAAGACCGUGCUGACCGGCACCAAGGACACUGUCUGCAGUGGGGCGACCAGUGCCAUGAAUGUGGCCAAAGGAUCUGUCCUAACAGGACUGGACACCACCAAGACUGUAUUGACUGGCACCAAGGACACCGUUUGUGUUGGAGUCACUGGCGCCAUGAAUGUGGCCAAAGGUGCCAUACAGGGAGGCCUGGACACUUCGAAAGCUGUCCUCACAGGCACCAAAAACACAGUGGCCACCGGACUCACAGGGGCAGUGAACACAGCCAAAGGGACAGUGCAGACGGGCUUGGACACUACCAAGACCGUACUGACUGGCACCAAAGACACGGUGACCACCGGGCUCACGGGAGCAGUGAAUGUGGCCAAGGGGGCCGUCCAGACGGGAGUGGACACCAGCAAGACCGUGCUGACUGGCACCAAGGACACUGUCUGCAGUGGGGCGACCAGUGCCAUAAAUGUGGCCAAAGGGACAGUUCAGACCGGCAUGGACACCACCAAGACCGUGCUGACUGGCACCAAAGACACAGUGACCACAGGACUCAUAGGGGCAGUGAAUGUGGCCAAGGGGGCCGUCCAGACCGGAGUGGACACCAGCAAGACAGUGCUGACCGGCACCAAAGAUACCGUUUGUACUGGAGUCACUGGUGCCAUGAAUGUGGCCAAAGGUGCCAUACAGGGAGGCCUGGACACUUCGAAAGCUGUCCUCACAGGCACCAAAAACACAGUGGCCACCGGUCUCACAGGGGCAGUGAAUACAGCCAAAGGGACAGUCCAGACGGGUCUGGACACCACCAAGACCGUGCUGACUGGCACCAAAGACAUGGUGACCACCGGGCUCACGGGAGCAGUGAAUGUGGCCAAGGGGGCCGUCCAGACGGGAGUGGACACCAGCAAGACCGUGCUGACCGGCACCAAGGACACUGUCUGCAGUGGGGCGACCAGUGCCAUGAAUGUGGCCAAAGGAUCUGUCCUAACAGGACUGGACACCACCAAGACUGUAUUGACUGGCACCAAGGACACCGUUUGUGUUGGAGUCACUGGCGCCAUGAAUGUGGCCAAAGGUGCCAUACAGGGAGGCCUGGACACUUCGAAAGCUGUCCUCACAGGCACCAAAAACACAGUGGCCACCGGACUCACAGGGGCAGUGAACACAGCCAAAGGAACAGUCCAGACGGGUCUGGACACCACUAAGACCGUGCUGACUGGUACCAAAGACACUGUCUGUGGUGGGGUCACUAGGGCAGUGAGUGUAGCCAAAGGCGCCAUCCAGGGCGGCCUGGACACCACCAAGUCUGUGGUCAUUGGCACCAAAGACACAGUGGCCACUGGGUUCACAGGGGCAACAAAUGUGGUGAAAGGGACAGUGCAGACGGGUCUGGACACCAGCAAGACCGUGCUGACUGGCACCAAAGACAUGGUGACCGCUGGGCUCACAGGGGCAGUGAAUGUGGCCAAGGGGGCCGUCCAGACUGGAGUGGACACCAGCAAGACCGUGCUGACCGGCACCAAGGACACUGUCUGCAGUGGGGCGACCAGUGCCAUGAAUGUGGCCAAAGGAUCUGUCCUAACAGGACUGGACACCACCAAGACUGUAUUGACUGGCACCAAGGACACUGUUUGUGGUGGAGUCACUGGUGCCAUGAAUGUGGCCAAAGGUGCCAUACAGGGAGGCCUGGACACUUCAAAAGCUGUCCUCACAGGCACCAAAAACACAGUGUCCGGUGGGCUCACAGGGGCAGUGAACUUGGCCAAAGAGUCUGUACAGACGGGUCUGGACACCAGCAAGACCGUGCUGACUGGCACCAAGGACACUGUCUGCAGUGGGGUGACUGGUGCCAUGAAUGUGGCCAAAGAGACAGUUCAGACAGGCCUGGACACCACCAAGACCGUGCUGACUGGCACCAAGGACACAGUGACCUCUGGGGUGAUGGGCACAGUGAACCUGACCAAAGGUGCUGUACAAACCGGGCUCAGCAUGACCCAGAAUAGUGCCAUGGGGAUGAAGGACUCUGCCUGCAGUGGGGUGACGAGUGCUCUGAGUGUGGCUAAAGGCACCGUCCAGAGUGGCCUGGACACUUCGAAGGCUGUCCUCACAGGCACCAAAAAUUCACUGUCCACGGGGCUCACAGGGGCAGUGAACGUGGCCAGAAGGACAGUGCAGACGGGUCUGGACACCAGCAAGACCGUGCUGACCGGCACCAAGGACACUGUUUAUAGUGGAGUCACGGGUGCUGUGAAUAUGGGCAAGGGUGCUGUCCAGGGGGGUGUGGACACUUCAAAAGCUGUCCUCACAGGCACCAAAAAUACAGUGGCCACCGGCCUCACAGGGGCAGUGAACUUGGCCAAAGGGACAGUGCAGACGGGCCUGGACACCACCAAGACCGUACUGACUGGCACCAAAGACACGGUGACCACCGGGCUCACGGGAGCAGUGAAUGUGGCCAAGGGGGCCGUCCAGACGGGAGUGGACACCAGCAAGACCGUGCUGACCGGCACCAAGGACACUGUCUGCAGUGGGGCGACCAGUGCCAUGAAUGUGGCCAAAGGAUCUGUCCUAACAGGACUGGACACCACCAAGACUGUAUUGACUGGCACCAAGGACACUGUUUGUGGUGGAGUCACUGGUGCCAUGAAUGUGGCCAAAGGUGCCAUACAGGGAGGCCUGGACACUUCAAAAGCUGUCCUCACAGGCACCAAAAACACAGUGUCCGGUGGGCUCACAGGGGCGGUGAACUUGGCCAAAGAGUCUGUACAGACGGGUCUGGACACCAGCAAGACCGUGCUGACUGGCACCAAGGACACUGUCUGCAGUGGGGUGACUGGUGCCAUGCAUGUGGCCAAAGGGACAGUUCAGCCGGGCCUGGACAACAGCAAGACCAUGCUGAGUGGCACCAAGGACACUGUUGGUGAUGGCCUCACUAGCGCUGUGAACAUGGCUACAGGUGCUAUGCAGGGUGGCUUGGCCACCACCACCACCAUGCUCACUGGUACCAAAGACAUAGCAUCCACUAUGCUCUCUGGGACAGGGGCUCUGGCCUCAGAUACCAUCCACACAGGUCUCAGCACCAUCCAGAGUUGGUUCCCUGGUACCCGGGGCACUAUCUGGGGCAGAGCCAGCAGUGACAGGGCUACUGAGUUGUGCGGGGAACAGACCAGUCCGUACCCCCACGCUUGUGGGCUCUCCCCGCUCCUUGAUGGGUAUGAGACAGCUGUGAGCACAGAGGAAACCACAGGCUCUGCGCUGUUUCGGGACGAGUUGGAGGGACUGGGCGAGAUCUUCCACCCCAUGAACGUGGAUGAGCAAGCCCUGCUGGAGGCCUCAGAACCUGGCCCCAAGGUGCUCUCAGCUGACCAGGGCAGCUACUUCGUCCGCUUAGGUGACCUAGCCCCCAGCUUCCGGCAGCGGGCAUUUGAGCACGCCUUGAGCCACGUGCAGCACAGCCAGUUCCAAGCCCGGGAUGCUCUGGCCCAGCUGCAGGACACCUUCCAGGUGAUUGAGGCCACGCAGGAUCUGGGAGGACAGCCAUGUAGGAACCCAGGCUCCAGCACCAUGGCAGAGGUCACUGGGAUCCAAGAGGCACGUGACGAAGCCAUUCUGUCUAGAGUCUGUGCCCUCCUCUGCCAGCUCCACGCAGCCUACAGUGGCCUGGCCUGUGGCCUGAGGGGCCUGCCUGCUGAGCUGCAGCGGCAGGUGGGGCAGGCGCGCCACAGGCUCUGUGAGUUCUAUGGCCUUGUGUCUGAGGCCAGGUCUGUUGGGGAGCUGCAGGCAGAGCGCAUGACACAGAGCCGUGCAGGUGUGAGCCAGGCGUGGCAGGGGCUGGAGGUGCUGCUGGACAGCCUGCACCACAGCCCCCCUCUCGGCUGGCUGGUGGGGCCCUUCACGCUAGCCUCUGGCGCCCAGCAGCUGUAGGAGCCUGCCAACCCGGACAGCAUCACUCUGCUCCUUCUUCUGGCCCCCAACCCAACUCACUUCCCCAAAGCCCUGGGCCCUGCAGGCUGGAGAAGUUCCCUGAUAUGUGAGUUCGAGUCCAGCUGCCUCUCUGGCCCCGGGUGUGGGCCUACCCCUGCCUCCCACCCUUCUCCCCAAGCUUCGCCAGUCCUCUCCUAGAGCUGGGCACAGCCUCUCCAACUAGAAAGAUGUGGGCGCUGCCUCAGCCUAGCAGUCCUCUACCAGCCUCACUAGGACCCCUGUAUUAUCAGGCUCUUCAGGCCCCACUGCCACUCCCAUAGCAACCCUCUACAUCCAGGCUCAGCUGAGGGCAGCCCUGGCUUUUGGCAAACGCACUGGCUGCCUUGGAGCCUCAUUUCUUUAUAGCAGAAUUUUACCAGCAUGCCACAGCCAUACUGAGGCAGGCUCCUGUGGCAUCCGGGGCAUGCAGCCACAUGAGGACAGCUGCCUGCAGCCAUGAAGGCCUGGACGGAGGGCUGCUCAGCUACAGUUGGAAAGACAGCAAAGCCAUGUCCCACUUCAGGUCUCUGCCAUGCAACCAUGCAGCUUUGAGAAGAUGGGAACCAUUCGCCCUACACACUUUGAGAGCUGGGUCAGGCACAGUGCAAGGUGAGACCAGCGCCUGUGGUGGCAGCCACCAAAGCCCCUUCCUCCCUCGCCACAGGCACCAUGGGUCCUCAGAGAAGCCCUGGCCUGCGGAUGGGAAAGCUGACCAGAGAGGGCUGGAGGCUGUGGAGACCACAGAAAGCAGCAGGUAACUCCCAUGACGGGGACCCGUGGAGAGCCUUCCUCGAUCUAACAUGCAAAGCACCGGAGGGUGCAACAUGGCUGACCGCAUCUGGCCAUGCACAGACACCACGCCCAGUGUCCUGAGCUCAGCUCCUUCCAUGACAGGCGGGCCAGGCUCAGGAGGCCCUGCCCACCACGCCACACCAAUUUCUUGUCUGGCACUGGGGACUUGGCCAUGGUGGCAAGGGACAAUCGCUUCCGUGGCAGAAGCCACUGCUGAAGGAGCAACUCCUGUGCACCAGGUGGCUUGCCGGAAGCCACAUGCACAGAUCAAGUGCAUGCGAUGAUCCAUGGGUCGCCCCUUGUACAGAGAAGACAAGAGAAGCCCAGAAAGAAAGGUCACUUGCCAAGACUGCCAGUGAGCCAGCCACAGGGCUGGGAAGAGUGUGGGGGCCUGCUCCACCCCAGCACCAUGCACUCUGAACAUCCCAGGCAUGAUCACACAGCCUGAGCUGGCAAGGGACUCUUGAGUCCUUCCUGGGGCCCCAAGAGUCACCUGCAUGAGGUGGGACAGGGAGGUGGUCAGGCCAGGGGAAGGAGGCAGCAGCCUUCAGGGGUAGCAUGGUCUCCACAAGGGCCAACCUCAGACCAGGACAGCCGUCAUCCCCAGCAUGUCUGUUCGGUGUUCCCGCCUCCAAGUGAGCUGCAGAGCCCAGAGGCUCCUCUCCCUCCUUCCUCCCCCCUCUAUCCCUCCUUCACCAGCUGCAGGAACCCUCAAAGACAUGGUCUACCCUUGCUGCUCACGGUGGCCCAAUGGCGUGGUCCUCUGAUGGCUGCACACUGUUCCCCAGCUAUGGCCCCAGCUGCACCACUGACAUUAGCAAACCGAGCCAAUAAAAGUGAUCUCUU